AUGGACCAGCAUCAUUUCAAACCCGUGCGGAAAGAAUCAAACGUUGAAGUCUGGACAAAGUACCUCGACGGCGGAGACCCUCGGUCGUUGUGCCACAGCCUACAGAGUGAGUACCAAAACAACUUUAGGAUCUCUCUGUCGAGAAACAUCUACAUUGUAUACAUCUAUAUCAAUACAGCGGGGAUCCAAGAUAAGAAGAAAGACAUCGCGGACGACGAACGAACGCAUACGAGCCGGAUUUGUAAGGCCAGAGGGGAAGGAAUUGGGCUGAAGCAAAGGCUGGAUGACAUCGUAGCAGCUGAAAAACUAUUGAGAAAGGAGGAAGCAGAUGCAUGA